CGAAUGCCUUCUCCAAGUCCACAAAGCACAUGUAGACUGGUUGGGCAAACUCCCAUGCACCCUCAAGGACCCUGCCGAGAGUAUAGAGCUGGUCUACCGUUCCAGGACCAGGACGAAAACCACACUGUUCCUCCUGGAUCUAAGUGAAACGGGAAAUGAAGCAGGAGUACCAGGAAGUGGUUCUGCGGGCGUGCGGCGCGUCGUCGCUGCGUGUCGGCGCCAGGAUCCAACGUCUGUGGAGCGGCUACGGGGAGAUAGUCCGCCUCCACCUGGAGGGCUGCGAGCGGCCCUCGGUGGUCGUCAAGCACGUCAAGUUCCCCGCACGGGCGGAGGAGAACACCCCGGAAGGCCGCUCGCACGCGAGGAAGGUCCGGUCUUACGAGGUGGAGACACACUGGUACCAGAACUAUUCCACCACCCUCAGCUGCAGGACACCGUCCUGUCUGGCGGCUUGUUCCCAUGGAGACGAGAUGCUCAUCGUGCUGGAGGACAUGGACGUGGCAGGAUAUGAGCAGAGACGAACCAGCGUGAAGGAUAAAGAGAUGCGGGCGUGUCUCAGCUGGCUGGCCCACUUCCACGCUCUUUUCCUGGGCGUGGCACCGGCGGGCUUGUGGGCGGUGGGCACCUACUGGCACCUGGAGACCCGCCCUGACGAGCUGGAGGCAAUGGAUGAUGCCAAGCUCAGGGUGGCCGCCGGCGACAUCGACAGGACCCUCAGCGGGUGUCGUUUCCAGACGCUGGUGCACGGCGACGCCAAGUUGGCCAAUUUCUGCUUCUCCCGCAGCGGACAGGAAGUGGCGGCGGUGGACUUCCAGUACGUCGGCGGUGGCUGCGGCAUUAAAGACGUGGUGUACUUUUUAGGGAGCUGCAUGGAGGAGAAGGAGUGUGACAAGAAGGUUCCGGGCCUGCUGGAGCAUUAUUUCUCCGAGUUAAAAGUAUCUGUGAGCAAAGACGUGGACUUUGCGGCGUUAGAGGAGGAGUGGAGGGAGAUGUUUGCAUUUGCCUGGACCGACUUUCAUCGUUUCCUGCUGGGAUGGAUGCCGGGACACUGGAAGAUCAACAGGUACAGCAAACAACUCACUAAGGAUGUCCUGCACAAGCUGAAGCUUUGACAAGCAGAAACGCCAAACUUUACUCCACUUUGAACAUUUUCAUUUGACACUUCCAGCAAAAACAUUCAUUGACAUAAAAGUCAAGUAUGUGCAUUAAUACACUCCUAAAUGAAGAUGUAUUACAAACAUCGGACAUUUUCCGAAAAUGUAUAAUACGAGCUGGUGUGACCUUUAUGCUGUCACUUAUCGCUGUGCCGUACACACCCCUCGCACGUGCACAUACGGUACACAAAAUUAGUCCGAGAAAAGUAGCUAACAAUUGACAGUCAUGCUGUUGUUAUAAUAGAACAGGGGAGUCCAAAGUGCAGCCCGGGGGUCAUUUGUGGCUCGCAGCUAAUUUUUUUACAGCCUGCAGCACAUUCUAAUAAUACUGUUAAAAAAUGUUUUAUUACAACACUAAUUUAAAAAGUGGAUUAAAACGGCAAACAGGUGAAAUAUAAUAAGGAAAAGUUGCAAUGUUGACUUUAAUAACACAAAGCUGCCAUGCAGACUGUUUUUUAUUUUUUACACUGUCAUUGCUCAAAAAUAAUAGUGACUCAAAAUCACUGUUGUUAUGAAUUAUUGACCUAUUUAAGGCUCCAAUUAAUUCACAUGAAAUAUCCCGCUAUGAAAAAUUUUGGGGGGAAUUUUUGCAUAUUUUGUUUUUGCCAGGUUUUCUUUGGCAAAAAGGGCAUACAAAAACAAAUAAAAGAACACAAUUGAUAGAGCUGAAGUUGAUCUCGACAUUAAAGCGUUGAAAAAAGAAAAGAAAAGAGUAUGCCUUAUUUUUAACACUUUUAAUGGGUAGGGCCGUUUUGCCCCCCCCCCCAAGAUUAUUUUGUGGGAUUUGGUUUUUGUUUUUUUGGAAAAAACUGUGAUUGCUCAAAAAUAAUGAGUGAACAAAUAAAUGGUGUUUUGAAUUAUUGA